AUGUUUCAAAAAAACAGUCGAGAAGUGAGGAGGAAGCAAAAACCGGUAGGAAUAUGCAUUUUUACGACAAUUCCACCGGAAAUGUUUAUAAACAUAUGCCAGUACUUACCGCCUGUAGACUUGUUAUCGCUGGCACGUGUGUGCAAGAGGUUCAAUGGCUUCUUAAGCACUGAGAAUUCAAUAACGACACAAGAAAUUUGGAGAGCUUCGAGAGCUGAAUAUUUACCUUUCUUACAGAUGCCACCACCGGAUGGCAUGUCAGAACGCCAAUACAUUAGGCUGGUCUUUGAACGUGGAUGUCAAUUCUGUGGUAAAGGUAAAAUACGAAAAGUCUAUUGGGAAUAUAACGUAAGGUCUUGUGAGCAAUGCCUGAAAGCAAGGACAAUUAGACAAGAUGAAAUUCAAAAACAACUUAUUUCAAAGACGCAUGGUUUUGAUAUGCCAAAUAUGUAUUGUUUAGAAGAAAUAAUUUCCGGACUGACAUUUAUACCAUCAUGGUCGCGACGUGCUUGGGACAGGGGAACUAAACGCCGUCCAUCGAGUGUCUAUUGGAUUACACACGUAAUUGAAGCACUUGAGGAAUAUAAAAAAAUUCCUAUGUAUCCAACAUCAUUCAGAAGGGAAUGGUUAAAACAAAAGCGAGAAGAAGGCGCUGCAAAAAUGAAAGAAGUAGUUAGACGAAAGUUAGAAACUGAUAUGGAUUUACGUAGUAAAAAUAAAGAAAAUUCUCAAAAAAAACUUGAACGACUUUCCACAAUUAAAGCAAAAUUGAAUUCAAUGAAAGUUGAAAGGAAUGCAAAUAAUUGUCUAAAAUACAAUGACACACUUGAGGAGUGUCCUUCAUAUCUAAAUUGUACGUUAGCGAAUACCCGUAUAUCAACGCAACCAUUUACAGAUAGAGCAUGGGCCCUUUUAAGAAAGAAACUCGAAAAGGAAUAUGAAGAACUCUGUGAGAUAAAAAGGCGAGAACGUCAAAGAAAAGAAAGUUCUAUGCUAAAAGGUGCAGUCUUUCAAUUGAGACAAUUUGAUAUUUAUAAAAUGGCAAAGCAGUGGAGACCAGUUCCAAAAGCUCAAUUUGCUGAAGAAAAUCAAACUGAAAUCGAUAAUUCCGUUAAUUCUUCAAACAAUGAAAUUGGUGAAAAUAUUGCAGCUUCAUCGAGUAUUAUGUCUAUUAAUUCAUUAUUAUCUCCAACAUCAGCUGAUGAUGUCUCUUUUAGGAUGGCAACCUCAUCUACUAUAACUUAUCCUAGUUCACCAUCAGAUACACAAAGUGUUUAUGAUUGCUAUUUAUCUAAUUGGGAAAAUCAAUUAUCUUUAGAUUCAUAUGACGCUUCAUCCUCAUCUAUUCCCACAGAAACUUCAUUAAAUACAACUUUAUCAACUUUAUCAGAUGAUAUGAAUUAUUUAUCUUUAUUAAUUGACAUUGAAGAUUGGUUUACUUCAAAUACCGCAAAUCAAAAUAAGGCUACUUUAGAUAUACUUCAUUACCUUCCGUGGUGUCCAUCAUUCAAAAGUCCACCUUUCCAUGAUAAUAAUCCAUAUAUCUUAUGGGACGAACAAUUCUUAAUGAACACACUAAUGCCUCAAAUUUGGAAUGAAGCAUUAGCUCUACAAUCAAACUCAGGUCCAAUUAAAACAGUACAGGGUGCUGUUCUUGGUGGUUAUAGAGAAAAUAAUAUAUUUAAAUGUAAAAUAUGUAAUGAAUUUAAUAUAACGUCAUAUAUGAACAUUAGAUUUCAUUUAUUUUAUAACCAUAAAAUUACUCAUAUUUUAGACGAAGAGAUGAUUGAAGUUGUACCAACUAUAGAUAAUCAAAUAAUAUCUCAUUCUACAGAGAUUGUGGACAAAUUAUUCAAAUUAUUUGCUGAGGGUUACAAUUUUAUGUUAUUGAAAGAAUUGUUGAAUUCUGAAAUGUUUUAG